GUCCAAAGUCCAAAGUCCAAAACGCCAACGAUAAGGGAGAACCCAAAGAGCUCUGCUCUUCUCUGCUGUCCGAGGCCAGUGCCUGUGAAUGGAGGUUCUCGCAAGCUCUUCUACUGCUUUGUUAUCUCCUCAUUUCGCUAUCUCUUAUACCUACAAGAACCCUAACUUCACCGCCAAGGCAGCCACUCCACAGGUGCUGCCAUGGAAACCUUACCCCAUUAGGAUUGUAGAAGCUCAAUUAAGGAGUCGCUUACUGUGUAAAAGGACAAAUGCCAGAAACAAGCCAAGGAAUUUUAGUAAUACUGAUGGAACUUCUAAACAUUAUUUCUUGCUUCAAUCUAUAUCAAGCCUUCAUAAGAAUUUAUCUUCAAAGUGUGGCUUUUUUUCAAUAAGUUAUGGACACUUCAAAUUGAGGAGAUACUCGGGCACUCUUCAAAAAGUGAUAGACUGUUAUGAAAAAAUUAGGUGGCAAGUCUCUGUUCUUUCCGUCCAUUUACUCGUUGGAGUGAUGCUGGUCAUGUCACUUUCUGUUUCUGUUAGUAAGAGUCCAUCCUGGGCCCUCACCGAAGAGAAUCUCCUCUUCUUAGAGGCAUGGAGAACAAUUGAUCGUGCAUAUGUUGACAAAACUUUUAAUGGACAGAGUUGGUUUCGGUACAGAGAAAAUGCACUGCGCAAUGAACCAAUGAACACACGAGAACAGACAUAUACGGCAAUAAGGAAGAUGCUUGCCACACUGGAUGAUCCUUUUACUCGGUUUCUGGAGCCUGAAAAGUUCAAGAGUUUGCGCUCUGGGACUCAAGGUGCUCUUACAGGUGUAGGCCUGUCAAUUGGCUAUCCCACACAAUUUGAUGGAUCACCUGCAGGACUUGUUGUUAUUUCAGCUGCUCCAGGAGGUCCUGCAACCAGGGCUGGAAUUUUGUCUGGUGAUGUUAUUCUGGCAAUUGAUGAUACAAGUACAGAAAUGAUGGGCAUAUAUGACGCAGCAGAGCGGUUGCAGGGACCUGAAGGAAGUUCAGUGGAAUUGACCAUUCGUAGUGGACCCGAAAUAAAGCAUGUAGCUUUGACGCGAGAGAAAGUUUCACUAAAUCCAGUGAAGUCACGACUAUGCCAAGUGCCUGGUUCAGGGAGGGAUUCCCGUAGGAUUGGUUAUAUCAAAUUAACUUCGUUCAACCAAAAUGCAUCUGGUGCUGUCAAGGAAGCAAUUGAUACAUUAAGGAGUAACAGUGUUAAUGCCUUUGUGUUGGACCUUCGAGAUAAUAGUGGUGGUCUUUUCCCAGAAGGAAUUGAGAUUGCGAAGAUUUGGUUGGACAAAGGUGUCAUUGUGUAUAUUUGUGAUAGUCGUGGUGUUCGAGAUAUCUAUGACACAGAUGGGAGCAAUGCAAUAGCUGCUUCAGAACCCCUUGCUGUGCUGGUUAACAAAGGAACUGCUAGUGCAAGUGAAAUUUUAGCUGGUGCCUUGAAAGACAACAAACGUGCUGUGCUGUUUGGAGAACCCACAUAUGGGAAAGGCAAGAUUCAGUCAGUUUUUGAGCUAUCGGAUGGCUCUGGCUUGGCUGUUACAGUUGCUCGAUAUGAGACACCUGCUCACACAGAUAUUGAUAAGGUUGGUGUAAUUCCUGACCAUCCUCUACCCACAACAUUUCCCAAGGAUGAGGAGGGUUUUUGUAGCUGCCUCCAGGACCCUGCAUCUACUUGCUAUAUGAAUAGAGUCCAGCUAUUUGGAAGAUGACAGAAUAUUGUGGUGUUAGCAAUGCUUUUAAGAGAACUCCAGAAUUCUUUAUGAAAUGUAGUUUUAGAAUUAUUUAGGAACUUCAUUCAAUUAUCAAGUGUAAAUUUAGCACAGCAACAACAGCCUGAUUAAGCUGUAAAGAGUUGUUUAUUUUAUUUAUUUAUUUUAAUUUUUUUAAGGCAA